AGCUACCCUCUAGGCUGCCGUAGACUACGGAGGUUGUCUCGUUGGUUGCACUCAGCCAUGCAGAGUGUGCAGAAAGUGCUGAUGGUAGUAGCGGUGCUGGGCGCUGGGGCUGGCGUGGGGUCCGCGCUCUUUGCUCUGGUAACCCCAGGAGAGCUGCAGAAGCAGGAGAUGCUGAAGGAGAUGCCCGAGCAGGACCCUCGACGCAGGGAUGAAGGGAAGAGGAACCAGCAGCUAGUGAUGGCCACGCUGCAGGAGGCCGCGGCCACGCAGGAGAAUGUAGCGUGGAGGAAGAACUGGUUGGUUGGCGGCGGCGGCAGCGGCGGGAAAUCAGCGUGAUGCCAGACCUGUCCGAGUGGGUGCUACGACCUUGGUUGGAGCGCAGAUCACAGCCUUUCAGCUCCGUGAAACCGGCGGGGAAUAUGGACCUCGGAUGCCGCACUCCAGGUCCCGGAGAGCGGCCGCCGGGUGAGCAUCGUACCCCCUUCAACUCUGCGCUGAUUGUGUUAACGUCCACAUCAUCCGCCAAAGUCGUGUCCGGGGUCGGUUGUGGUGAACAGAGAGAACCAAUAAAUUCUGUGCCACCCAAGUGAGCCGUGCAAUCGCACGCCUACUGGUGCUGAGAGAUGUGCGGGUCAUCGCUCCAGCCGGCUUGGGGAGCUCUGCUGAGCAGGGCUCCGGCCUGCCCCGCCCCAUAGCCUGAAGUUCUAUGGGCUUAGUAACCACAUUUUCAAAACAGGUCUUGUUAUGUAAGCGUUACUUCUGGGGAAAAUCAAGCGACAUUCCCGAAAUCGAAACUAUUCUGGAAAAGCUUGUUAGCAAUGGAUACUCAUAGAUGACAUCUGUUCUUUGAGGGAGGUUGAAGAGGGGCAUCUAGCACAUAUAUGCCUUCUGUGGCCAUUACUUAAUAUCUGGUUAAAGAGGUUUAGAGAGGCUGAUUUACUAGGGGUGGUGAAAGAAGCAUACUUUUAGUCAAGAUCUCCCGAAUGUUACAAAACCUGAGUCUGCCCUAUUUUGUAAAAGGCCAUAACUAUCUCCAGGAUUAUCAAUAGAUUAUCCCUAACUCUGUGGCUCAUACCUGUAAUCCAACAGACCUGGGAGGCUGAGGCAAGAGGAUCACAAGUUCAAGGCCAGCCUCUGCAACUUAACGAAACCCUGGCUGAGAAUGUGGCUUAGUAACAAAGCACCUCUGGGUUCAAUCCUCUGUACCAAACAAUAUAAAUAAAUAAAGGGGCUGGGAAUGUUCCUUCAUAUUACUCCUAGGUUCAAUUCUGGAUACCUCAAAUAAAAAAAGGCUAGCCUGCAUGAUGGUGCACAUUUGUAAUCCCAUCGCCUGAGGAGGCUGAGGUAAGAGGAUCUCAAGUUCCAGGCCAGCCUGGAUAAUUUAGUCAGAGACUGUCUCAAAAUAAAAAUGAAAAGGACUGAGAUAUUGCUUAGUGGUAGAGCAUUUGCCUAUCAUGUGCAAGGCCCCAAGUUCAAUCCCAAUACUAGAUGGGGUGUGGGGGAAUAGAUUUAGAAAUGUAAAGGGCCUGACAUAGCAAUGUAAUGGGUCCUCUCCCCUCUAAAGGUUCACACUGUAGUUCUGAAUCCAGUUAUAGGACCUAUUGGAAAUGCCACUGAGAAUGAGAUAAAUCACUGGGGUUGCAGCCCCAUUGUAGUCAGGUCACUCCCCUAUUUAUUUUUGGUGCUGGAGAUGUUUGAACCUAGGUCCUCAGGCAUGCUAAGCACAUGCUCUACUAACAAACUACACCCUCCAGCUUUUUUUUUUUCUUUAGUUAUCAAUGGACUUUAUUUAUGUGGUGCUGAGGAUUGAACCCAGUGCCUCAUGCAUGCUAGGUGAGCACUCUACCCCUGAACCACAACCCCGGCCCUUCCUUUGUUUUAUACCCUGUGAUUCCCAAGCAAGAUUGCAAUUGACAAAAAACACUGCUUUUAUUGAAUUGAGUCAAAACAAUAAAUAAAAGUUGUAUAACACUGUGAUGAACAGUUUAUAAUCAGA